UUAAAUCUUCCACCGAAUCCCGUCAAUUACAUUUACCUGCAAAAAAAAUUUCUCUGUUAUAAUUCUCCUUCUACCUCCUACCUUCUUCCUCCUCUUCUUCUUCUUCUUCUUCUUCGUAAAGGUUCAAUAUCGAAUCUUCAUUCCUCGCUUCAUUUUGUUCCCUCACGUCGAAAUUAGGGUUUCAAUUUUUCCUGGUUGAAACCCUAGACGAAAUCCCUUUGACCCCGUCUCUCGAAUUACUCGCCUUUUUGAUCGAUUGGUUGUUCCUUAUGGAAAUUUAGGGUUAGAGGGACGAGAAUAUAAUGAUGGAAUGGAAAAAUUUUCACCCCUCGCGGCGUUUUUCUCUGUUUCGCAGUGUUUUUGACGGAGUUUCUGCAGUAGCCUUGUUUUUCCUCUUCUACAACCAGGAAGAAUUUCUGAGAAAUAAGUUUCUAAGAAGCGCUCCUUUGGUUCUUCUUCCCCAGUGGAGCAUCGGAGACGUAUUCUUCUCUCAGGUAAGUGAGGUUGAGGUAAUCCAUAGAACUGCUGAAAUAAGUGUUCCUUCGUCGAAUUAUACUCUUGGUGUAUUAUCUGUUCAAAAUAACGUAUCCGUGAAUGAUCCCAACUGGUGUGGUAACUUGUUCGAGCGCAAGUGUUAUAAUAGCCGAUCUUGGCAAUGUGGCUUGCUACUUUGUUCUGUGCAUUGGCUAACACAGCCGCAGACCACUUCUGUUGUUCAUUGGAGAAGCUUUCGGGUCUUUUGAAGUUGCCUCCAACUGUGGCAGGAAUUUCUCUGCUGCCACUUAGGAAUGGAGCUCUUGAUGUAUUUGGGAGCAGCUCCUUUUGUCGGCAAGGAUGCGGGCAGCUAUUUUCCUAUGAAACCUUUUCAAAGGGAUUAAGGGCUAGAAGAUUUCUAAAAAGGAUAAAGAAAAGAGAAGAAAGUUGUAGAGAUCGACUAAUCUUAAAAUUUGUUUUUCAAAUGUUUUUAAUGUUUUAACUAUUUUUAUCAAUAAAAUUCUUUCAAAAAAGGGAGACAAACA